CUGGAGAACACCAAGUCUGCAGCCACGUAUUAAGAGAUUUCAGCUGCCUCCCUCCAAAUAGCCCUCCUCCCUGCUCCACCUCCUCCUCCUCUCCUCUCUCAAGAGCAGUGUGUGUGUGAGAGGCAGGGGCACAGACACAGUAAGACUGCACUUGGAAUGACACUGAGUAAUUUCACCUGGGAGCUGAGCACACGCUUUGAAUUGUACUGCCCCUAGAUCUGCCAGGCUGAGCCGGCCUUACAAAAUAAGACUUAAAAUAGGACAAAUUAAACCUCACCCUGGUUAUUUUAAACAAAACGUUAGCUCCGAAGCCCCCUUUCCCCCCACCCCCACCCCCCCCCAAGAAUGUUCCACUCGGCCAGCAAGCGGUGCUUCACCAUCGAGUCUCUGGUAGCGAAAGAUAACAGCCCCUUGUCGCCCCCGGAGGAGCCUCUCCGACCCACCGCUGUCACCUACUCGCCCUCGGCCGAUGCCUUCGCCAGCAGUUUCCAGACGGGGGGCCGCUCCCUGUACUCGGGACCCGAGCUGAUGUUCCAGGAGGCGGUCAGUCAUACUCCGCUACCCGUUCACCCUCACCAGCUCGGAGCUCACCACCUGCAGAACCCGCACCCUUUCUUCACCCCCCAGCACAGGGACCCUCUCAACUUCUACCCCUGGGUCCUCAGGAACCGGUUUUUUGGACACAGAUUCCAAGGGACUGACUCCGCCCAUGAUACGAUGUUACUGCACGGCCCUUUCGCCAGGAAACCCAAGCGCAUCCGCACCGCCUUCUCCCCGUCCCAACUGCUCCGGCUAGAGAGAGCCUUCGAGAAGAAUCACUAUGUCGUCGGAGCCGAGAGGAAGCAACUUGCCAGCUGCCUCAGCCUUUCAGAGACCCAGGUAAAGGUGUGGUUCCAGAACAGGAGAACAAAAUAUAAGCGUCAGAAGCUGGAAGAGGAAGGACCCGAGUCCCAGCAGAAAAAGAAAGGCUCACAUCAUGUCAACCGCUGGAGACUGGCAACGAAACAAUCCAGCCCUGAGGACAUUGAUGUCACCUCUGAGGACUAGCGAGGGAGAGCAGGGGCUGGGGAGGUGGGAGUGUGAAAAUGGGGAGGGUGGUGCGGAAGGGGAAGGUGAAGAGCAAGAGACAUCGAAAGGUAACGAACGAUAGCACAGACAUUUCUGACUCAGUGCAAGGAGCUUGGGAAACCUUCAAAAACAAGUUUGGAGAAUGGCAACAAGACAUCGACAAUCAUCAAAGACCCUGUACAAGACUUUGUGGACACUGAAUCUCAGAAGAAAAUGCACAUCAGGAUGUAGUUGGAAAAGAGUAACGCCUUUCCAGUGACAUUGAACCAUGCCCUGUGUGUGUGUAUAUAUAUACAUACAUAUAGAUAUAUAAAUAUAUAUUAUAUUAAAAUGUUAUCUGAAAGAAUAAUUUUUUUUAUUUAUUGGACGUUCCUUUUUUAUAACGGUGACUCUUCAACUUGUUGUGAGGAGACAGGCCAGGACGAUUGAAAUGGUUUUAUCUCGUCAGAAAUUCAAAAUGUUUUUGUUGAGGUGCAGAUGUCCCAGUGACUGCAGAUUCACAAGGGAAUGUGUUGGGUGGCCGUGUGCCUCAUUUUCAAGGAGUGAGCUUCUCGUUUCUCAAUGCACUUGUCGAAUGAGUUAUACCUGGAAUUCCCAAAAGUAAAUCAAUACAUAAUGAUGUUGUCACAUGUAAGUGAUGUUGGUGUCAAAGGGCAACAUGGAAGAGGCUUUCAGUGGUUUAUUCAGAUAGCCCCAGCUCCUCCCCUAAAGGUGCUGAGUCUCACUGAGACUUAGCUCCAGUGUCGAACCCCACUGCCUACAAUCACCUGGGUAAUCAUUCUCCCUGUGUGGGCACAUGCAGUGGCAGGCAGCCUGACCUGGCCUUGACUCUCACACACACACACACACACACACACACACAUAGCAAUUCACACAGACUCUCAUUAGCAUGCACAUAUUCACAUUCAUACACAUGCGCUCAUUAACUCAGACACUAACACACACUCAUUAAAAGCCACACAAUCUCGAUUCUCUCUCUCUCACAUACGUGCGCGCACACACACAAAUGCUCAUGCACACAAUGAUACAUAUCAGAUUCAUGUACUUCCUCCCAGAUGCACUCACAGCUAAUAUAUUCCAAAAUACACACACACACACACACACACACACGUGUGCACACAUACACACACACACACACACACACACACACACAGAGACAGGCACACACACACACUCAAACAUGGAGGGGCAUACUGGCUCAACACUGCUGACUCAUGGCUUUUGUAAGUCUCAGAGAAUAUUUCCGAAUCCUGACUCUCUCCAUUCUCUUCCUCUCUCUCUCUCUCGUCUCUCUCCAUCCUGUCUCUCUGUCUCCAUCCGGCCUCUCUCUCUCUCUCUCUUUCCUGUCUUUCUUCCGUCAUCUCUCUUUCUCUUGUCUCUCCCCAUCCGUGCUCUCUCUUCUGCCUCUCUCUCUCUUUCUCUCUCUCUCUUGUCUCUCUCCAUCCUGUCCCUGGUGGGAAAUUCUCCUCUCACCUGCUCAAUUCCUGAUGAAAGCGUGAAGGACCAACAUGCUUCUGGUGAUUAGCACUUUCUCUCUGAACAUGGGCUGUCUCCCAACUCUCAACGAUCAGACUGUAAAUAUCUGUGAUGUAGUUUAAUGAUUAAAGUAGAUGUGAGCUCCCGAAAGCUAAAUCUUAUUAUUUUGCUUCCCCCUGCAUUCUCUGUCUCUGUACAUGA